CGACUAAUUAAUCAUUCAUAUUUAUCGUACUUGCGCAAAGGACUUUUAUUUUGAAGUUACAUCUGCUCUUUCUUUAGUUCUUUAGUUCUUUAACUCUCUCUCUCUCUCUCUCUGCACUGACUCUGCUCUGAAAGUACCAAACAGUACACCGAGACAGGUGCAACAAGCCAUCACAGUCCAAUUUCAGAAGUGAUUUAAUCUCAUAAACAGCUUUUCUCAACCUGAAAGAAUGUUUCGCACCAAUGAGAGAGAUUGUGAUGAACUAUUCUAUAAGGGGAAGCACCUGAAGCUUGAAGAGCUCAAACAGAAGCGCAUCUCGAAUAAAUACCUCUAUAAUAAGCGGAUUCCAUCAAAACCUGAGGAUGUGGAAUUUAAAGUGUCGAACCUUCGGCAUGACACUAACCUCCAAGGAUACCAUGGCAUCUGGGAAUCUGAUGGGUUUAAAAAGCCGACACGAAGCGACUCACCAAGACGCGAUCUGGUUUGGUGGAGCCCAGACAUUUCGAGACAAGAAAUUACUAUAGCUGAGGAGCAAUAUUUGAAUGAGCAAGAAUUUGAAUACGAAGUGAAACCUUUCCUGCAUAGGUUUACCUCAUCCCCUGCCUUCCUGGCAUCCUCUCGCAUGGGGAAUUUCCGCUUCAGCAUGCCAAUCCAUGAGUUGCUAAAAAGCUACAAACAACAGUUCUGUGAAGGCCAGAAGCCCCACAUUCGUGUUUUUGAGACUGUGGUCUAUAAGCAGGAAGUCAUGUAUUCUAUUGUGAUUCAUGCGCCUCAUGCCCAAGGCCUGUUCUCGAAGUAUCCCCUGCUCCGGAAUACCCAAGAUGCAGUGUGUGAGUUCAAUAAAGACUGCAUUAUCUGGCGUCCACAGGCAAUGAGUAAAACACAUCGUUUCUUUCUGACUGAGGACAUGGAAGCUAUUCGGAUACCUAUAAGAGACAGACAAAAUUACAUGUGGGAUAACAUCGGAGUGGCCUUCCAUGUUCCAUAUGGACAAAUCUUCAGCUUUAGCAAGGAAAUUCUGAGUGAGAGCCUCAGACUCUGUGAGGGCGCUGAGCCAAAACUGAACUCAGGAGAAUUUGUGAAGUGUGAGUUUGACCCCAUCAGGCCUUAGAGUAAAUAAGUAUUAAAAGUCUAAUAUGAGUAUUAAAAGUCUGAUAUGAGCAGAAUGGUUUUGUAAUCAUCUAUACGUAUGAAGUGGAGGAAAUAUUUCUUUUUUACCUGCUGUUUUACUAUUCUGAGAAUAUGUUUCUCUCUGUCCAUGCUGUUUUAAUAAAGCACUGAUGCUAAGGA